CUAGGCCUAGCUCAUGUUCACAAAUAUUGAUUGAACUUUCCUAGGCCAUGGAAAUAACCAAUUGGAAUUCUUAAUUUAGGUGGUGUCCCCCUUUAACAUGCUGACAUACCAAUUAUGAGGGCAUGGCAUUUACCAUAUUAGAUUGUGGGGCAGAGUGGUUUAAAGGUUUGGCAAAUACAUAUGAAGUCAGGCGGAAACAUGCUGCUCAAGAUGGAUUACCCAUUGAGCUCCAGUGGGACAAAUGAAGGCGUCAGUGUUUCUGAAAGGCGGACUGCUGAUCUCUGCGUCAGUGCGUUAUUGACUCUGAGCUACCUGAACAGGAAGCGUCGAAGCAAGACAGAACUGUUGUAAUAGUUCUUAAAUGCAAAUCAGGCGGCGUGGCUAUCGCUCACAUUCAGAACAGAGCCAUGGGCAAAAAAAACCUGGCGAAGUGAGAGUGCGGACAUAAUGGAAGACAUCGGUGGGCUCAGAGAUAGGCUUGUCAACAUGUCUGUGAGUGAGACUGAAGCAAAGUUUUCUAAAAUGGAUGAUCCAGAAGCUUUAGCUUUGGAGCUUAAAUGCCCUAUUUGCUUGCAGCUCUUCUCUGAGCCAGUUUCUCUUCCCUGUAGUCACAUCUACUGCUUUGCGUGCCUUCAGACAAUGGGAGAAGGCCUUGACCAACACAGCUGCCCUGAGUGCCAGGCAGAGUACCAGGGAACCAAAGCCCUUGUGAAAAGCUUCAAAAUGUGCAGCAUCAUAGAGUCCUACAAAGCCACUGCUGGGAAAGUAAAUUCCACUGCAGACCCUUCUGACGUCGGCCAUGUAACGAUCAAGAGUGAUCAUAGCUCUGUUACAGAAGAAUCAAACGCAAAGCACCACCAGGACACAGCAAAAGCUGGGGAGAGCCGGGAGGAGAGCUCAGGGUGUAAGGGAAAGAAUGGCAGUGGCAAAGGCAAGAGGGAAAUGGAUGAGCCUAAAUUCAGAAUGGCAUCUCAAGUCACAGAGUUGAGCCUCAAGUUGGAGAUGGCAGAGAGUGUGCUGAGGAAGGAGAGGGAACGAGAGUUAGAGGUGACCACUGCUAAUGGUCAGCUGAGAGAGAAAGCAUGCAGACUUUUAGGGCAGAUAAAAGAUUUGGCACAGAGCUACAGCACACGGGUGAUGCAGCUGAUUGAAGAAGAGGUGGGUCCAGGUGAAGCCAGUCUAGGCAGACGUGUCAGCCAAGCUUCCGAGCUGACAAAGCAGCUGAGACAAGCUGUGCUCCGAGCAGAGUCCCUUCUGACUGAAGAUGAUAAGACUGCAUUUAGUGAUGAGCUUCAGACUCUACAACCGCACAUUGUGGAGUUGCUGGCUAAGCCCGUGGGAGAAGAGGACGACCAUGUUGAAUCAAAAGUCAACUCUGCGCGAGCCUGUCCCAAGCUGGAAGACAUGAACGAUGAGCUGAGGGAAAGAUUUGGAGAGAUUCAGCGCUCCCUUCGGAACACCCUUAACCCUUCAGAGGUGACCUUUGAUCCAGAAACAGCCCACCCAAACCUCGUCCUCUCAGAGGACUUGAAGACUGUGACUUUCAGCGCUGCUAAACAGCCCUACCCAUCCUCUCCUCAAAGGUUCACCAACUUCUUCCAGGUCCUCAGCACCCAGAGCUUCUCUGAAGGUGAACAUAGCUGGGAGGUGGAGCUCGAAGGUUCUCCGUGGAUCAUCGGCGUGUGCUACAGUGGGAGGCUAGAACGUAGCGGGUUGCCCUCGGCUCUGGAAAGCAGCCGGACCUCCUGGUGUCUGAUGUGGUUCAACAACCUGCUGACAGCCUUUGAGCAGAGUCACAGUGUGCCGCUGAAGAGGACCACAGUCUCACACAGGCUAGAGAUCAGACUGAGUUUCAAGACCCACAGGCUGAGCUUCUACAACAUCAGCCCCAUCAGCGGGAAGACUCAUGUGUACACAUUUAAGGCUAACCUGACUGAACCAGUGCACCUGGCCUACAGGAUGAUGUCAGGGCACCCCAAAGGACGUGCCACUAUUUAUUCAUAAUCCUAAGGAUAUUUCUAUCAACUAUAUAUUCUUUGCAAAGGUACGGCAUAGUAGAAAGAGCACAAUAAUAAUAUUUCUUGAUUUGUACGAUUUUAAAGAAUUUCACGUCUUAGUUGUGUCUUGAGAGAAGACACUCUGAUUUCCUUAUUCCUCAGGCAACUUGUUCCAAAGAGUUCAGGAAUUCUGAUGGCAUUUCGUGAUCAUAUAUUGGCUACUCACCUACUUUUGCCUAGCACGUUGGAUGCUUGUUGUGAUAUUAUAUGACUGCUUCUCAAGUCUACAUAGGCAUAAAAACCAUAAAUGUGACCAAAUUACUCAUUGUGUGCUUAAAAUGUUGUGUCAAUAAAUUACAUUGUUUUGUAAUUAUUA